CGGCAAGCAUCGAACUUCGCCGCCGUAGGAGUGGUCACUCAAAAAGACGUUUCUGCGGGGCAGCGAAGCAAUGGUUCAAGAUAUUGCUACACCUCGACCCCACGAGACUGGUGCCACAUGCACAGAAUGCUCAAAGAUCGAUAUCUUGUGGCUAAAGGACGAUACUUAACACUCAUCUCUAUCUUACCACAAGCCGUGAACUAUUGACCAUACAAUGCCGUUAAUUAGAGGCAGAACUGUAGUGAGCGGGAAUGAGAGAUGCCACGACCAGCCAUGAAGCCACUCCCCCUCGUCGACGCCCUUGGUGGGCUCGCUGGCUUAUCUGCGUUAGAGGCUCACCCGCGAUUCGCAUCCUGGCAUGAAAGCAGUUAGAGAUGAUGAAGAGGCCACGAGUGAUAUGUUACUGGUCCCCGUCUCUGGAGAAAAAAUAUCAGACAUAUCGCCAAUCCAAAAACAAAAGCGGACAGUUGCAAAAGACCACCUCGAUGAGGAUGGCGCUGCAAGAGCUGUAAAUAGAUGUCGAAACAGAGAAGAAACGCUUCAAAAAGGCGUUGGAAGCUUACGAAAGUACAACUGCUGGAUUGAAAUUCCAACCGAUGUCACGACAAAAUCGGUGCACGCGUGGGAGGAAGUUUUGCAAGAGGUGAAGAAGGCAUCAGAUGAAUAUAAUGACGUAUCGGGAUUUGGGGGCACAUUAGAAAAGGCCUCCGGAGCUUUGGAAAGAAUAACAAAGCCUUUGAAGCAUGGGCGAGCGUCCUGCCGUCACAAUCACAUUACUUUUCUCUGCUGUGCGGAGGCUUAAAACUCAUAUUCUGGGUUUGUUCCGCCCUAACUUGCACCGUCGGUGCGUUCUUCAUUAAGACCUAGCUAGGCCGCAGCGCGCUUGCACGAUCUUCGAACCGACAUUGCUUUAGCGGAGAUCCCCAUCCUCAUAUCGAGCACUCAUAAAGCCCUGGGUAUCUUCAGGAGGUCGAACGACUUGCGUCGAUCUAGCGCGGCUCUCUAUGCCGCUACAAUAGCUGCCUUACAUCACAUCGUCGCGUGGUAUAGGGAAAAAGCCUCGAAAAAAUUAUUCCGUAGCAUGUUCCAGCAAGAGACCUACGAAAAAAAAAAUAAAAAAAA